AUGGCGACCAACGAUACUGUUACGAACGUGGAUAUUGUCGCUAUCCCAGCGAUAGGGGCCGACCCAGAGGACACAUGGACUGGUGAUGGCACACAAUCCCCUUGGUUGAAGGCAGAACUUCCCAGAUUCAUUCCUAAUGCGCGUGUGUUGCUAUUCGACCAUGGAGAACCGGAUGCCAGCGACACGCUGGAUUCGUUAGCGACUAGGCUGCUGAACAAGUUACAGGAGAUGAGAAACUCAACGAGCCGCAGACGGCCCGUAUUCUUUAUAUGUCACAGCACUGGCGGUAUUGUAGCCACGGCCGCGCUUGUAAAGGCUAGCCGGUCGCAUAACCCUCUUGAUUCUAUCUUCUCGAGCUGUUAUGGAAUCGCGUUUUUCGGAACCCCUCACUAUGGUUCAAGCUACCUCUCUGCACCCGAGUUCGGUAAAAGCAUCCGGCGCUUACUGCAUCUCAAACAUGCGGUACCAGUUGAACUGCGGGAAGUGUUUAAACCGCGACAUGAGAUAUUGGAACGCCUCGCUGGCCAGUUUCGGGCAAUCUCAGCCGACAUGAAGAUUUGGACUUUUUUGGAGACUGUCGAUUCAGUUUUCACGAUAACCGAUACGGAGACCCAAAGUACAAUUGAUAUGCAUGUCCCUAUCACAUCGAUUCGGUCGGGUAUCCUGGGGUUUGAGCAUGAGAACGAAUUACCUUUGGCCACCGACCAUGUCGGUAUAGCGUCAUUCAAGGGCCAGGAAGCCACCGCCAGGAUGGAUUUCAUCAGGGGGCUGCAGUCCGCUGUUACCACGGCCUUGGAACUAUCGAUAAUGUCAGAUGUCCCUCUUCAAACAGAGAAGGAGAUCAUGGUCCAAGUGAAUGGGUUCUUCGAAGACACGGCAAGAGGCGUUAGCAAGGAUUCACCGUUGCAAUUGUGGUCCACGAAUACGCCGCUUGACGAAUUCUUGGACAGAGGCCCCGUGAGAUGUCUUGAAGAGCGGUUGAAGAAAUCCAGCAGGCUAUCGUCUAGCACAUUUGACGAUUCCGAACCUAGCGAAUUCGGCAGUAGACCGACCAGUGCGCAGGCCGAUCAUUCAAGAAUAGACUCUCUCCUGCGAGAACCAGACAUUGUUCCACUUGAGUUAGUCCCGUCACGACCUUCGGUCAGGCGAAGCAGGAGCUUCCUUGCGCAGCACCCAUCGCCUAGAAUUCAUGUCACUGAGCCGCCCAUUGAGGGCUAUUUUGAUAUCCAGUCCGAGGGCUCAAACUCGGAACGGCGCAUUUCUAGUGGCGACCCUGCUGAAGAAAAUGCCGACGAAGAGGAGGAUGAGGCAUCUGAUAACCUAGGCACUAUUAGCCCUAGCCAAAGAAACCUUCUAUCUAGUCUCUCUUCCAGGUACCGCGAGUUUCUCAACGUUCCGUUCAGAGAGCGCGCACCCGAGGAGCGGCCACGGAUGGCCCCAAGGUUCGAUAGACCGGAACCUGGAACCGAGAAAAUGAUCUGGAUCCAUGUCCCAUACACCCAUACUGAUUGGGUGCCCCCGGUUCUAUCUAAGACCUGCAAGGGCAAAACAAAACAGAAUUUGUUCAGGAAGAUCAUCAACGCUGAAAACUGGUUCUCGAACCUCAUAACCGCUCGCCACUUGGAACCCCAUGCGCGCUAUGUGCGGCCGGCGUGUAUUCAUUUUAAAAUGGAUUCUCCACCCAUCAAGGCUUCGGAACCUCAUGACCCCCAAUUAGCACUCUACCUGCCCUACCUUCAUUGGGAUACAUACUGGAACUUACUACAGCGACGAAAAGUCAUUGAAGAAAGAUUACGGCAAGGAAGAUCUCGACCGGUUCCAGAGGAGAUAUCCCGAUCUAGUCUGGAAUCGAAGUUGAUAUGGAAGUACUUGGGCAAUGAGCCUCCAAUCCACAUACGAAGAACACUUGACCAGUUUGGAUACCCUAAUCUGCGAUCAACCGUGGCACGAGAUGACGACCAAAUGCUCUGGAAGCGAACGAGGAAAAUCAUUAAUCUCAACGACGAGCUUGGCAAUUCUAUUCCACUGGGAGACGGACCUGAUUCACAAAGCAGGACAUUCGUAGACGGCAAAGUGCUCAUGGUCGACCAGCUGUGGCUUUGGAUUGUGGACCAGAAAACGGUUGUUACGUUUUUCCCUAAGCAGGAACCGACUACCGUUGAAGGAAAGUUUUAUGAGCAGACGAAUCUGUACAACAGUAUUUACAACGAACUCAACGGGGAUCUUGCGCGCCGGUUCGAGACUGCUGGUGAUCUUGCCGCGUUGAUUGUCUUGCAUGCCGUCACCGUUCUUUUCGACAGGACAUUGCAUAGUGACCUACAGAUUCUCCGCAUUUUUGAAGAAUCGAUCAGUAUCCUGACGGAAUUAACAACAAAAUCCUUCAAGCAAUUCCGAAACCGAGGAUUCGUUACAAGGCCAUCGGAAUACAACAAGACGCCCGAUGGUAAGCUCAUGACUGCUUCCGAGCGUGAGGAAAGGGACCGUGAAGUAGCACUUCAGAAUCGUAACGAUCUCUCCUCAAUGCUGGAAUUGCGGGAUAUCGUGGAUGAGCUGGGAACUAUCAUGAAGCUACUAGACGAACAAACCUCUACGAUAAACGACAUGGCCAAGUACUUCGAGUAUAGAGGAUACGGAAAGCGCUUUAUCCUGGCCUCCCUUACAAGACUAGACGAAUACCGAACCCAUAUCUCAGAGAUGAGAGAGAACGCCAUCGCAGCACAGAAAGCUGUAGAAAAUCUUCUCGACCUCAAGCAGAAACAAGCCAACGUCGACGAAUCGCGGCUAGCUCGAUGGGAGGCAGAGGUGACGCAGAGUCAAUCGCGCGCGGUCAUGGUCUUUACCAUCUUCACAGUUAUUUUCCUCCCCCUCUCCUUCUUCACCUCUCUCUUCGGCAUCAACGCCCGAGAAUGGAGCGGCGAGCCCGAAAACCUCACUCUAAGAACGAUGCUCGUUAUAGCCGGCCCAACAUCCGUCGCCGUGAUAGUCUUCGCCCUGUUUAUAGCCUUCAACGAACGCCUUCGUGACUACCUCCUCAAAUCGCAAAAGAUCCUAUUUGGUCUCUGCAAAGACCUCAUCUUCCUACCCCUGACAGCUACGCUGCGCGUACAUGCAGCAAAACUGCACCACAAGUCAAGUGAAAAGACCUCCGUUGCAUCGACCACGAAGACGAAAACGUCGCGUAUGGGGGAUCGGUUUGGUCGAUACCUUGCUUCAUGGCGAUAUCAGAGGGAUAUGGAAGAGGAUUUUUGGAAGAGGGACGAUGAGAAACAAACUUAUCAUAAUAAUAUGAAUGGAGCGGGAGGAGGAGGAGGGGGGAGAAGGUCGGAGGGAAUGACGCUACCGUCUGUGCUUGUUUCGGAGGCGAGUGGCAACAGUCAUACUAAUGGGUUUGCGGAGAGGUUGAGGGGCCAGGCGAAUGGGGCUGUGGCUGGGAUAAGGGAGAGGGAUAGGGAUACUGCGUAG